AUGGUCUCCGAGCUGAAAGCAGCUCAGGUCGAGGAACUUUCCACCCUCCGGACGACCCAAUUGGAGGAGCUCGCCAACAUGGAAGUCCAGUGGACCGCUCAAGUCUCAGAUCUGAAGUCCUACCACGCGGAAGAGAUCAGAAGCUUGAGGCACAACAUUGAGGAAACCACUCGGCGAAGUCAAAGGAUGCUGCUCGAGCGAGAUGAUGCCAGAGAGCAGCUUCUUGCAAGACAACGAGAGGGCGCUCGGGUGCAGCAACAAUGUGCUGAUGCUCGACAUGAGGUGCUCGAGCUCUCUGUCCAAGUGAGAUCGAGCACGCCAUAUACAGCCACCCCUGCCCGACAUUUGAGUCGCUCACUCUCUGCUUCGUUCCUGGAUUCACCGAUUUACAAUAUAUCCAUCCAGGAUGCUCGACAAAUAGAUGCUGAGAUGUUGGACUUGAGGCACCGGUGCAAGGACCUGGAACGACUGUGCUCCAGGAUGCACAGCCUGUUGGAGCGCGGGCAGGAGGCUUGCGAGCGAUGGCGAAGGGCCGGAAUUAGUGCAGCUUUGGAGCGCCUUGAAGAUGGACACCACGCGGCUCCUGUGCCGCCUUUCGAGCUUGGGGAAGUGGACGCCUGA